AUGGCAGAUCAACAAGCAGGUCAGGAGCCGGACGAGUUCGGGGCCCUGCCCGGUGCCGUUUCUGACCUUCGCUCUCGCUUUGAGCAGCUCUCCAAGUCUGAGAGCAGUCGACCUACCUACAAACAGACAGCAUCCUCGGCAAACAGCGGUAACAAGGAUCUCAAUGCGACCCACACAUUCGGUCAAGCAGAGAAGAAGCUCGUCAUUGCCAACAAUGCCGCCGCUCGAGCUGGCUCGUCUCAGUCCCAGAAAUCCAAGACUAAGAAUACAGCAUCUUGGGCAUCCCCCCAGAGCACCGCUACCGACAAUGCCUCCGCAUCCUCUUCAGCAGCAACACCUCCGUCUGCAUCUGUGACUCACAAGUCUUUUCGUGCAGGUUCAGGUCCUUCUACUCUUACUGUAGCCGAUCUCGCAGCACUGUCCGUUUCCGGGAGUGCAAACUCUUCCACCGCCGACCUUUCAACGAUGAACAACAAGGAAACCAAACAUGCCCCUCCUUACUCACGACAGUCUUCCAACAAUGCCAAUUCGCUCGCUAUCCCUGACUGCAAGUUUGCCCAGCCGAACCCUACACUGCGCCCAAAGAAGUCUCGUUCGCUGCUCGAUACCUCCAGCACGCCAGGCUCGACAAAAGCCUCUGCAACCGCCUCCGCGACAGCAUCUGCUUCCGCAUCUGACGCAGAAGGCUCAGCACCAAAAGCCAAAGUUGCACCCCCAAGACCUCCCAAGCCUACUUCUGCAUCUCAUGGCGUUCAGAUUAUUGAUGAUGCCGGUCUCGAACGACUCUCGAGUAUGGGCUCUUCGUCUCGUGUUUCUUCUCUCGCAAGCAUGUUCGGCCAUCAUUCUAGUCAUCACAAGUCUACUAAUGGGAGCGAAAAGCCCUCGGCCUUGGCGCCGAGCCGCAUCUCCACCGGCAGCAGUGGCCACUUCCUCAAGUAUUCUCGCUCUAAUGAGCAGCUCUCGCCAGCAGCUGACACAGGGUCGAAACCAAAUCUGUUCAAACAGUCACCCCCUGUUGUUCCUCCACGCCCGAUGAAAGUAGAUGCCUCUGAGGAGAGUCUGUCUGGGCUUCCAGCUUCCAUUGCUUCCGUCAUGCUGGACGUCGAUACUGACGUUUCACCUCCAAUUCCACGAAAACCAUCGACGCCAAUGUCGCCUCCAAAGCUGCCAUCUCGAGAUCCAGUAUCGACAAUAAGCGACGACUUGCGCCGAAGAAGGCUCAGCGCAUCUAGAAGCACCGGCUCUCUGCCUGUCAUGACUGGCGUACUUGCUGGGGACGAAAGCGAUGUUCCACCACUCCCAGCACGCAGACCUGCAGCUGGCGAGCCAGCUGCAACUGGCCCAUCUAUCCUUCCACCACCUCAACGAAAUGCAGCCUCCGUGGAAACUGCCCCUGGCGUCCACAGAGCUCACACCCUCACGGCCAGAUCCAACCCCAUUCCCCUUUCUUCCUUGACAGCUCGGCAUCCGUAUCACUCUCGGACCUUAGCACCGCACGACUUGGAUUCUUCAACACCGGUCUUGCCUCCUCCCGUUCGCAAUGCUAGUGUCGCAUCCAACGGCCCUCUUGGUCGCAGCUUCACAUCUUCCAUCUUCUCAGCCAAGAGUCCUGGCAGUGACAGCUCUGAUGACGAAGACGAUACCGAAGGUGCCUCCUCGCUCUCUCCCUCGUCAUCGUACAAGACGCCGAUGGGCCUACGAAGACCACAUGCAGCGGCGGACAUGACACCUGGUGGGCUUCCCGAUACAUCGCAUGCCAAUCGACGAGCACCCAAAUUCGAUCCCGACUGCUGCACGUGCUCGAAACAAGGCUUCCAAUGCUUUGCCCUCUGCGGUCGUACUGUUGUCACCGGCAGUGGCGAUAAGGUGAAAGUCUAUCGUGUUGGCGAAUCAGCCAGUGGUAUGGGCGAAAAGCUUUGCACUGUUGGCGAGCAUCUGUCGAAAGAAGUCAAGUUGACAGCGCUCGAGUUUAGGCCGCCAAAUCACAGUAUCGCGCCAUCGUCCGCAACGACAGGACGACGCGCGCAUGGCGAGACGGCGGAUGAAGGGAGGUAUCUCUGGUGCGGAACCAAAGAUGGGCAUAUUUGGGAGCUUGACAUUGCCGAAGCACAAGUGGUUCACUCGCGGCAAAACGUUCAUUCGGAUCCCAUUCAGUUGCUUAGGCGGGUUGGGAAUAAGAUGCUGAGCUUAGAUGAAGGAGGCAAGAUUUCAAUUUGGCUUGCUAGCUCGGAUCCUGACCCGGCUAUCGCGGGACUGCGACUCUCGAAUCAACCCAUCACUCAACGCAUUGCUAUGGAGAAAGGUUCUUACGCCUGCAUGGUCGGUCAGCAGCUUUGGGUAUCCUCUGGCCCAUCCGCACAACGGAAUCCAAAAGAUUAUGCAGGUAGCAAAGGUCCUCGUAUCCGAGUCUACAAUCCUUUUGCCGACGAUAAACCGUUCAAUGCGCUCUCCAAAGCCAUAACCAUUCCACCAGACAUAGCCGAAGGUGUUGGCCUAGUGACGGGUGGAGCUGUCAUUCCUUCCCGACCGACCUUGGUUUACUUUGGGCACGAUUCGGGGCACGUCUCGAUCUGGUCCAGACAGACGUACGAAUGCGUUGGUGUGCGUAAGCUCGGUCCGCAUGGUCUCACAGCUGUUGCUGGUGUAGUCAAGUAUCUUUGGGUAGCCACGAGAGCAGCAACGAUCUCAGUGUUCGAUACAGAGACUGCGCCGUGGCGAGCGCUUAAGAUCUGGACAGCGCACAAGGAGCCGAUUACCGCGAUCAAGGUUGAUGAGCAUGGAAUAGAGAAGGUUGGCAGGUUGCAAGUUGCCUCUGGUGGUCUAGAUGCUGCUGUGCAUCUGUGGGACGGUACGCUUUCGUAUGAUUGGAUUCAAGCUGAAAAGGGCAAGCGAGAGCACGAAUUCUGCAGUUAUCGAAGCAUCAAGAGCCUCCACGUCACUUACAAUAUCGAUGCUGCUUCUCCAAGCGAUCUCGAGACUUCGGCGGAGAAUAUGGAGGUUUUUAGCUCUAUGCUUCGCAACGCAUGUCAGCUCGGAUCGGACAGUUUACCUGCGGAUAGACCACCAGAUAUCAUCGUUUUCGGCUUCCAAGAACUCAUCGAUCUCGAAAGCAAAAAGCUCACCGCCAAAUCGCUUCUCUUAGGCGGUGGGAAAAAGAAAGCAAACGACCUAGGCGAUCGAGUGUCAAGACAGUAUAGAGCAUGGUAUGAUAAACUGAUCCAGAUCGUACGAUAUGCUAUGCCACCAACAUGCGGAUAUCUUCUAGUGCAGUCGGAAAGUUUGGUAGGAUUGUUUACCUGUGUCUUUGUCAAACAGACCGAGUUCAAGCACGUACGCGAGUUAGCCAUCAGCACGGUCAAGACGGGAAUGGGCGGUAGGUACGGCAAUAAAGGAGCAGUGAUAGCCAGGUUGGUGGUUCAAGAUACAAGUAUUGCGUUUGUCAACGCUCAUUUAGCUGCAGGACAGAAACAUGUUAAGAGUAGGAAUGCUGAUGUUGCUGAUAUACUGGAGUAUCCAACGGUUUUCAGUGAUGCCCAUUCAGAUCCAGCUGCUUAUGUCGGUGGGGGAGAUGGCAGUAUGGUUUUAGAUCACGAAUUGGUUUUCUUUGCCGGCGAUCUUAAUUACCGCAUUGAUCACUCCAGAGAAACCGUGCUCUCUGCUAUCGCGGCCAGAAAGCUAAGCGCAUUGCUGGAACAAGAUCAACUUCGCAAAGAACUAAAACAUAACCCUGCUUUCAGAUUGAAGGACUUCAGCGAAGCUCCCAUAUCCUUCCUUCCAACAUACAAGUACGAUAGGGCAACGCACCAAUGGGACUCAUCAGAAAAAAAUCGCAUCCCAGCCUGGUGCGACCGAAUCCUAUUCAAAGCAAACUCCCCCCAAUCCCUAAAAUGCUUACACUAUACAAGAUGGGAAGCUACAAUAAGUGACCAUAGACCCCUCACCGCCCUCUUCGAGAUCAAGGUGAAAGCAGCAAACCACAAAGCUAGACAGAUCGUGGAGGAUGAAUUAAAGAUGAAAUGGAACAAGUUGCAGACAAGCUUGUUGACAACUGCUUUGCAGUUUUAUUCUAAUCCACAAUGA